AUGGUACCUCGUCCCGCGCCGCAGUCCUCGACACCCCCCCUCAUCCCGGAGUACUUCGCGGGGAGGGAGGUGUUCAUCACGGGGGCUACCGGGUUCAUGGGGAAGGUGCUGGUAGAGCGCCUCCUAUGGACGUGUCCCGACAUCAGUCGCCUCCACCUGCUCAUGCGCCACAAGAAGGACUGCGCACCCGACAAGAGACUCGCACUACUCAAACAAUCACAGGUGUUCGACGUGGUACGCGAGCAAUGCCCACAACAGCUGGACAAGCUGUGUGUGGUGCCCGGUGACGUCACUAAGCGACGGUUCGGCUUUGACCAGUCUACCUUGAAUCAGCUAAACCAGGUGUCAGUAGUAUUCCACUCGGCAGCGACGCUAAAGUUCGACGAGCCACUGUCAGUAGCUGUCGAGCAGAACGUGCGACCAGUGCUGACACUCAUGGACAUCUGCGACCAGCUGCCUAACAUGCAGGUAUUCAUCCACGUGUCGACGGCAUACAGUAACGCAGAGCUGAGCACGGUGGAGGAGCGCGUUUACCCGGCGCCAGUGUCUCCCAACCAUCUGCUGGCACUGGUCGAUGCUCUGCCGGCGACUAUGCUGCAGGAGAUCACACCCAGACUGAUCGCGCCGAAGCCUAACACAUACACAUUCACCAAGGCGGUGGCGGAGAGCGCAGUCAGUGAGCGCGCCACGUCGGCGCACUACGCGUGCGCUAUCUUCAGACCCUCUAUAGUGGUAUCCUCCCUCCGCCACCCGUUCCCCGGCUGGAUAGAGAACCUGAACGGUCCGAGCGGAGUGAUAGCGGGCGCAGGGAAGGGACUGCUGCGGGUGCUGCGGUGUGGAGCACAGCGGCGCGCCGACAUGAUGCCCGUCGAUAUAUGCAUCGAUACAUUGAUCGCUGUCGCGUGGGAGACUGGAGUUGACAAUGUCCGCGAAGGUCGCGUGUACACGUGCGCGUCCAGCAGUCACGCGGCGACGUGGGGCCAGUUCCGCGCGCGCAUGUUGCGGCUGGUCAGGGAGCAUCCCUUCGACCACGUGCUCUGGUACCCGUACGGCAUCAUCUGCGAGAACACUGUGCUCCAGAAAGUAUUGGAGACGGUACUACAGACGGCGCCACUGUGUGUCGCGCACUGCGUGUGGCGAGCGUGUGGACUCAAACAGAAGCCGAGUCUAUGGACGGCAUGUAGGCGGCUGCAAGCAAUGAACCACGCGCUGCAGUUCUUCGCGACCCGACACUGGAGCUUCAACACCACGCACGUACAGAGGCUGGCUGACAGACUGCACGGGGAGGACCAACUGCGGUACAAUCUGAGACCUGAAACUAUCGACUGGGAGCAGCAUUGUGUCGACUUCGUGAAGGGUGCACGUCGGUACUUGCUGCGGGAGCGAGACGACGAUAUACACACGGCGAGAAGGAGGAUGAAACUAUUAACCGUGAUUCACAACGCUACGUUGUUAUUAGCAAUUUUCUUCGUGUGCCGCUUAACGAUUCGGACAGCACCUGCCAUCUUGCGAGGAGUAGCGGUACUAACUCGUCUUCGAAAUAAAGCCAUGCAAGAGAGUUAG